CCCUCUUUUCUCCUCUGAGGCUGGGGAGUCGUCUCGCAGCCUCGAGCAGUGAGCGCCCGGCUCCCACUCCCGGCUUGGAACUGAAGUGUGUGAGUGCCGGGACCUGGCAUCCGCCCCGGAGCGGCGGCCGGGUCUGAAGCCCUGUGCAGCGGUCAGUCGCAGAGGCCCGGAUCCGGACCGAGCAGGGGCGCGGAGCCGAGCCAGGGAGCCGGAGAGCGGGUCGGAGGGCCGGCGCCUUGUCCGUGCGAGUCCUGGGCAGGACCGAGGAAGGCAGGGAGACGGCCGCGGCAGAGGGCAGAGGGUAGAGGGCAGAGGGCAGAGGGCGGAGAGCGGCCUGGCUCGCGGAGGGCUCCGCCCGGGACUGCCGCGCGUUGCUGGGCGCUCACCCGGUCGGCCCGGAGUCCGGACCCAGUCCCUGGCCGACGGUGGGGGGCGUGCCCCUCCCCGCCCAGCUCCCGAGAGCUGCGUGGCGGGGCAUGUGAGCGGGAAGCCGGGACCGCCAGUGCGAGGCCGGCCAGAGGAUCAGUCGGAUCGUGGAGCCGCGAACCCAGAGCCCAGCGCUCCGCUGAGUAGAUGUCCAUGAGGAGCCCCGGCUCUGCCCAGCUGGCUCUGGAUGGCGGUAGCACCAUGGUGAACUGUGCUGUCAAGUCAGAGGGGAAGAAGGAGCCCUGCCACGAGGCCCCCCAGGGCUCAGCUGCCACAGCUGAACCCCAGCCCAGAGACCCAGCCCGAACCACCCAGGAUGGUGCUGACCCUCAAGCUCUAGCCCAGAAUUGCAGCUCACCGGAGAGCAAUGGGUCCCUGGAGCCCAAAAAACCAGGAGGUUCUGAGGCUGCUUCUGGAAGCCAGGAGAAGCUGGACUUCAGCCAAAAUUUAAAAGAAGUCGUGCCGGCCAUUGAGAAGCUGCUGUCCAGUGACUGGAAGGAGAGAUUUCUGGGAAGGAACUCUGUGGAAACAAAAGAUGUCAAAGGGACCCAAGAGAGCCUGGCGGAGAAGGAGCUCCAGCUUCUGGUCAUGAUCCAUCAGCUGUCCACCUUGCGGGACCAGCUUCUGACGGCCCACUCAGAGCAGAAGAACAUGGCGGCCAUGCUCUUUGAGAAGCAGCAGCAGCAGAUGGAGCUGGCCCGGCAGCAGCAGGAACAGAUCGCUAAGCAGCAGCAACAGCUAAUUCAGCAGCAGCACAAAAUCAACCUCCUUCAGCAGCAGAUCCAGCAGGUCAACAUGCCUUAUGUCAUGAUCCCGGCCUUCCCCCCAAGCCACCAACCUCUACCUGUCGCCCCCGACUCCCAGCUGGCUUUGCCCAUUCAGCCAAUCCCUUGCAAACCAGUGGAGUAUCCAUUGCAGCUGCUGCACAGCCCUCCUGCCCCAGCUGUGAAGAGGCCCGGGGCCAUGGCCACCCACCAUCCCCUGCAGGAGCCCUCCCAGCCCCUGAACCUCACAGCCAAGCCCAAGGCCCCCGAGCUGCCCAACACCUCCAGCUCCCCCAGCCUGAAGAUGAGCAGCUGCGGACCCCGUCCCCCCAGCCACGGGACUGCCACACGGGACCUGCAGUCCAGCCCCCCCAGCCUACCUUUGGGCUUCCUUGGUGAAGGGGAUGCUGUCACCAAGGCCAUCCAGGAUGCUCGACAGCUGCUGCACAGCCACAGCGGGGCCUUGGAAAGCUCCCCCAACGUGCCCUUCCGUAAGUCCCAGGACCUCGUCAGCUUGGACGCGUCCCCAGUCAAGGAGCAGCUGGAGGAGCGCUGUGUGCACCCACUGGAGGAAGCCAUGCUGGGCUGUGAUGUGGACGGCUCCCGCCACUUCCCUGAAUCCCGGAACAGCAGCCACAUCAAGAGACCCAUGAAUGCCUUCAUGGUGUGGGCCAAAGAUGAGCGGAGGAAGAUCCUCCAAGCCUUCCCGGACAUGCACAACUCCAGCAUCAGCAAGAUCCUCGGCUCCCGUUGGAAGUCCAUGACCAACCAGGAGAAGCAGCCCUACUACGAGGAACAGGCAAGGCUGAGCCGGCAGCACCUGGAGAAGUACCCUGACUACAAGUACAAGCCACGACCCAAGCGCACGUGCAUCGUGGAGGGCAAGCGGCUACGGGUAGGCGAGUACAAGGCCCUGAUGAGGACCCGACGCCAGGAUGCCCGCCAGAGCUACAUGACCCCCCCGCAGGCGGGCCAGGUGCAGAUGAGCUCCCCAGAUGUCCUGUACCCUCGGGUGGCACAGACCGUGGUGGAGCACUACGUGCCCCGAACCUUGGACCCCAACAUGCCCGUCAUCGUGAACACCUGCAGCCUCAGGGAGGAGGCGGAGUCCAUGGAGGACAGGCACUCGGUGGCCGACGGUGAGAUGUACCGGUACAGCGAGGAUGAGGACUCGGAGGGCUCGGAGAAGAGCGAUGGGGAGUUGGUGGUGCUCACGGACUGAUCUGGGGAAGACCUGGCCCCGAGCCAAGGGGCACAGCCAGCCCACCGGGACUGCGUUGGUACUUGGACUUGGGUGUGCUGGGAGAUGGCACAGCUGUGUACUUGUAGAUACAGGCCCCCUCCCCACCUGCAGGCACACCUGAAGAGCUGUUGGCAUAAGUGGGCAGGGCCUGUACAGCGGUGACAGCUGAGCUGGCUGAGUUCCUUGGCCCCUGGGGCUCAUAGCUGGGGGAUACUGUAUGACCGUCCCCUACUGCAGGUCAGCCCUCCCCGGGUGUACGACAGCUCCACACCUGUCUCCUUGGAGCACAUGCUUUGUUUCCAUCCUUGUCCUGGCUGGACCAGCCACCGUGGGACCAGCACCCCCGCACCCCCUCUGCACCCACACAUGGCUCCUCCAUCACCAGGGUCACUUUGCACUUUGUGCAGAAAGGUCUGGCUGUCCCUCUGUUUUUAUCUUCUUUGAAGCCUGUUGUGCCUCUGGCUGCUGUGUGUGCACGUGCGUGUGUGUGUUUUCUUCUCUCAUUGGUUGCAUAUUUAUUGAGCGCCCACUGUGUGCUAGGCGCUGUUGCUGACUUCCUGUGGGUGUGUCUCUUAAUGCCACUCUUGCUUCUCUGGGGGCCUCUCUGUAUUUUCUGUCCCCAUAUUGCUACCUCUUUGUCAGUCUGGGUGUCUCAGGUUCUGUGUGUCCUUGUCUUUCUGCAGGGCCCUGUUUGUGUCUCUCCCUUCCUUGGCAUCUGACUCUGCCCGCUGGCCACUCUGGGUCUCUGAAGGCCCCUGGGCCACCCUGACAUCCCCUGCCCACCCCUUUACCCCUCCCUGACUCUUGCUGGUGGGUUCCCACAGAGCCAUUUUUAGCUCUGAGCAGCAUGGGAAUGUGCUCAGCCUCCAUGGAGCCCUGCCCUGGUGCCCCAGACCCUGGUCCCAAUCUGGGUGCCAGGAGUGGGAGCAGGAACACUGGUGGUGCCCCCUUCCUGUUGGUGCCAGAAGCCCUGGAGAGCAGGCUCCCAUGGCAGCUGGUUUCCACUCCUUGGACCAGGGAGUCGGGGCGGGGUGUGGGGGGGUGAGGGGGGGUUGGGCCCAAGGCUCACGGAGAAUGGAGAGAAGGCCCAUUCUCCGUCCCCGCCCACCCACCUCUCACAGCUUUGCCUCACCUGCCUGUCCCUCCCACUACGCUGGGCGACAUGCUUCUGUUCCCGACCACUUUCACAAACUACUUCCUUAGGAAAACGAAACCCCGUUGGCAUGACUCCAAAGAUCCAGGUGGGGUGGAGUGGGAAGGGAACCCCAAGUCCCACAGGGACAGUUCUGGAGUCUGUGCCUAUGCCCCAUCCUCUCCCCAAAGCCCAACUUCUCUCCAGGCUGUUUCUUUUUUUAUGACUGUAAACAUAGAUAGUGCUUUAUUUUGUUAAUAAUAAGAUAAUGAUGAGUAACUUAACCAGCACAUUUCUCCUGUUUACACUUGGGAAGUUUUUUGUUUUCUGUUGGUAUAAUAAAAACCAGCCAUUUCA